AUGGCCUCAACAAUUCAAACUGUUACUGAACAAACUCAAACUUUAAACGUCUCUGGAUCACAUCCAAUUAGACAUGCAUUAAGUGAUGUUGUUAAAACUGAUGAUUGGAGUGAUUUUGAAUUCAAACCAAUUCGUGAAGCUACUGUUUCAAGAGCUAUGACAAGUCGUUAUUUCAAAGAUUUAGAUAAACAUGCUGUUUCAGAUGUUGUUAUUAUUGGUGCUGGUUCCGCUGGUAUUUCAGCUGCUUAUACUAUUGCUAAGAAUAGACCAGAUUUGAAAAUUACCAUUAUUGAACAAAAUGUUUCUCCAGGUGGUGGUGCUUGGUUAGGUGGUCAAUUAUUUAGUGCCAUGAUUAUGAGAAAACCAGCACAUUUAUUCUUGGAAGAAGUUGGUGUUGAAUAUGAAGAUGAAGGUGAUUAUGUUGUUGUUAAACAUGCUGCUUUAUUCACUUCAACUGUUUUAUCAAAAGUUUUACAAUUUCCAAAUGUUAAAUUAUUUAAUGCUACAGCUGUUGAAGAUUUAGUUACAAGAAAUGAUCCAAAAACUGGUGAAUUAACCGUUGCUGGUGUUGUUACAAAUUGGACUUUAGUUUCAUUACAUCAUGAUACUCAAUCAUGUAUGGAUCCAAACGUUAUUGAAUUAACCGGUUAUAAAAAUGAUGGUACUCGUGAUGAAAGUGUUACUCAUGGUAUUGUUUUAUCAACAACUGGUCAUGAUGGUCCAAUGGGUGCUACAAGUGCUAAAAGAAUUGCUUCAAUUGAUAAAACAAAAUCUUUAGGUGGUAUGAGAGCUUUAUCAAUGAAUGAAAGUGAAGGUCGUUUAGUUAGACAUUCUGGUAAAUACGAUGGUAUUAAUUCAAUUCAUUUUGCUGGUAUGGAAGUUGCUGAACUUGAUGGUUUAAACCGUAUGGGUCCAACAUUCGGUGCUAUGGCUGUUUCUGGUAUCAAAGCUGCUGAAGGUAUCUUGAAACAUUUUGCCUAA